AUGGGAAGAGAGGGUAAAGGAUGGGCUGAUGGGCUGGGGAGAAGUACCUGGGAUGAUAGGGUAUCAGCAGAGAAGGGACUGGUAUUGGGGAGAAGUACCUGUGAUGAUAGAGUAUCAGCAGAGAAGGGACUGGUAUUGGCGAGAAGUACCCGCGAUGAUAAGGUACCGGUAGAGAGGGGAGUGGUGUUGGGGAGAAGUACCCGGGAUGAUAAGGUACCAUCAGUAAAGUCGUCUGAUGGACAUCCCGGUGAUACGGAAAGUUAUGUUCAAAAUUCGGAAGACUCAAUUACAAUUCAUUCAAGUCACUUCAUUUUGCAUUAA